GGGAACGCUAACUUGUUGACAUGAGCGUGCAGGAGUGAGUUGCUGGAUUUUGGUCCUGGUUAAUGUGAUAUAUUUUGGUGGUUAAUUAAGACAAGGAGAAAAUGUCUCUUGAACAAACUGGCAUGAAUGAGAGCCGAGUGGUGGUUUUGGGUGCAAAUGGGUCAGAGAAAACAUCUGUAAUAAUGACAUUGUUUGGUCAGAAAGGGUAUAAGUGUGUGAGAAGAACACGUAACUGUAUGAAGACAGAGGGCGAGGUGGAUGGCAGGAGGCUCAUAUUUGUUGAUACCCCGGGCUGGUGGGGGAACUAUCCUUUGAUUGAUACGGCAGCGUUUAUCCAACGGAAGCUCGCGCUGAGUGUGACUGAGUGUGCACCAGGACCUCAUGCCUUCAUGCUGGUGAUUAGCACUGACGGCCCGUUCACUGAGAAGUACCGGAGAGCCGCCGAGGAACAUCUGGGUCUCUUUGGGGAGAACGUUUGGGAGAACACCAUUGUAGUGUUCACCACAGGGGGUGCACUAGGUGAUGAAGGAAUAGAGCAGUUCAUUGAGGAUGGGGGAGAGGCUCUAAAAUGGCUACUAGAGAAAUGUGGGAAUAUGUGUCACAAUUUUGACAAUAGGGAAGGUCUUCACAACGCCACACAGCUACUGGGAAAGAUUGAUGAUAUCGUAGCAAAGAAUGGAGAUCGCCAUUUUGAGUUUAAUGAGAGGGCAUCACAGGGUGUUGAAGAGAAGAGGAAAACUGAUCUGGAGAGAGGGAUGUCCAGGCAGCAGAGGGUUAACAGUGAAAGGGAAAUCAUUAAUGAGCAUGGUGUGGUACACUCAUUGCCAGAACUCCGGGUUCUCCUGUUUGGAUGGUUGUUCUCUGGAAAAACAUUUGCCAGAAAUACCAUUCUGGGCUUAAAAGAAGCUAUAGAGAGGAGAAGAACGGAACGGUCAGAGAGAAAGUCUGGACUUGUGGCUGGAAGGCAAAUCUCGAUUGUGGACACCCCCGGCUGGUACAAGUACUUUCCUGCACAAUACAUGCCUGAGUGGGUGAAGAAUGAAAUCCGAAGAGGGCUGACGCUCGAUUCCAAAAAUCCCCAUGUCAUUCUCCUCGCCGUUCCAGUAGACACAACAUUUCAUGAGAGACAGAGGAUGAUCACUGAAGACAACAUGAAGAUGUUUGGUGAGCAGGUCUGGAGACACACUAUAGUGCUGUUCACGUGUGGUGAUCUGCUGGGAGACACAACCAUUGAGGAGCACAUUGAGAGUGAAGGAGAACCAUUGCGGUGGCUGGUGGAGAAAUGUGGGAACAGAUAUCACGUCUUAAGUUGGAGUGACGAGGAAGACCAAGUCUUGGAGCUGUUGAAGAAGAUCGAGGAAAUGGUGGCAGGUAACAGCUUAUUUAGCCCAGAGAGCAAAGCAGAGAAAAGUGUGUCUCAAGAGGCUGUUGAGGAACCAGAGGCAAUACAAAAACAGACUGCACAAUACCUGGAUCUGGAGUGGAUGGAUGAAGCAAUGAAAGAGAAGAUUAAGAACAUAUGGAAUCAAACUAGACACAGCAGACGAGAGCAGAGAGGAAGCAUGAUCGCUGAUAUAGACUUUCAUGACAGUAAGCCAUCCUCUGAGAAUACUUCCAACAAUUCUGGAAAGGAGACCAGUCCACUGAGCUUCCGGAAAUCCUCCAUCGAGGAGUACGGCCCUUUUAAUGCCACCACAGGAUAUCAAGACCAAGAGCAGACCACUGAGAUCCACCCUGGUCAGAUGGAGAGAAUAAGAGAGAUGUUUGAAAGAGAGUGCGGGAGACUAGAAAUAGGCGUCAGAGAGAGAUUUCAGCCGCUGUUGUAAGAUGGAAGGGAAUCUGAUAAGUCAUCUGAAGCGGAUGUGCAUGACCUUAACCGCUAAUUCAGAAAGCUGAUCAGGUGGAUUCAUCGUACAUCAUCAGGACGCGGGUCGACUGAGGACUUAGAGAAAACAAACAAAACAAACAAACCAAAAGAAAAUAGCAAUUUUGGUA